AAAACCCUAGCUCCUAAGAACCUCAAAACUCCAAACUGCCGAUCGAACUCUUUAAACCACAACACUGAAAUGGAGAACAACGACAAAGCGGAACAAAUCCAACGUCAUCUACCAGAAGAUAUCGUCACAGAAAUCUUGUCAAGACUCCCAGUACAAUCUCUCUUGAGGUUCAAGUCGGUUUCCAAAUCAUGGCGUUUUUUGAUCUGCAGCAAAAACUUCAUCAAAACCCAUCUCGAAAAUUCCGAAAAGAACGAAACUUUCGCCCGCCACAGGUUUAUCUCGACAUCUUUAUGGAAUUCGAAGUGCCCGGGCAAUCUAAGGGUAUGUUCUUUGCGCUCGUUGUUGACCGAACCGGUCACUCGUUCGUCUCCUCUCGAUUUUUUCCCGGAGAGUGGUUCUACGGAUUUACGCAUUGUGGGUACCUGCAAUGGUUUGACCUGCGUUAUCGUUGAUAGUUAUCGGUUCUUCUUGUUGAACCCUUCGACGCGAGAGUACAGACAGCUGCCCGACUUUGAGCGCCCGAGCAAACGUGGUUUUAUGACCGGGCUCGGCUUUGGAUUCGAUGAGAGCAGCGGUGAUUACAAGGUUAAUGCUGUUUUUCGUAGGGCUUUAUUUCCUCCGACAUCCGAUGUGGCAAGAGUGUAUAGUUUGAAGGCCGAUUCGUGGAGAGGUAAUAACGUGCGCUUUAAGGAUGGGUGGAACUGUUGCCGAUUGGGUAAGUUUGUGAAUGGGAAGCUUCACUGGAGAAGUUAUAAAUGCGAACAUUUUGAAUCGGAAUGGGAAAUUGUUUGUUUAGAUUUGGAGAGGGAGAGAUUCGGAACUUUGGAGAAAUUACCUCGUUGUUUCGAGGGUUACUUUUGCCCGAUUUUGUUAGUUGUCAAAGGAUGUCUUUGUGUGUUGUUCGGGUAUCCUAAAGCUAUUAGGUUCGAUAUUUGGAUUUGGAGGGAGUCUGGGGUGGAAGAUUCUUGGGCUAAAUUUUUUACUAUACCUAAUCCAUGUCAUUCUUUGACGCAUUCAAUCCCGUGGGGUGGGUACUUGACCCCGCCGUUUGUGUUGUCAAACGGCGAGGUUUUGUAUUCAUGCGGAUCGGGUUUUCUAAUUUACAAUCCAAAGGACGAUAGGCUUAGCCAAAGUCGCACAGUUGACUUUGAUCGCUACGAAGCGAAAGUCUACACAGAAAGUUUAGUCUCACUUGUUAAUUAA